CUCGCCAGAAGCAGCACGAGAAACGACGAGGCUGUAGCGUGUUCGGUCGAGCCAGGGGGAACUCUUCUCUCCUUAUUUAGUUCAGUCCAUAUGAAUAAAGAACAUAUUUUUUUUAACGAGAUAGCCCCAAGCGUGUUUCAAUCGGCUACGUGCUUGGCUCGUCGGAUCGGUGCGGUUGUCGGCGAAAACAAAGCGGAGCCACGCAACCGUUUUAGCUAGUCUUCGCCCUCAGUAACCGUUUUAUUUCUUUAAAAGAGCAGGGGUAUCGGUCGCAGGAGGCGGCGGAGGAGGAGGAGGAGGAGGGGGGCGGGCGUAUGUUACUCUAAGUCGUCGGAAACUACAUCAAAGCCUCAGCAUAAGAUGGAUCUGCGGUUACUUUUAAUAGCAUCAUUAUCAGUGGUCCUUGGGGGCAGCUGGGCACAGCAAGAGGGAAGCAUAUGCAUCAAAGCAAACGCGCAGUCAUGUGGGGCAUGCAUUCAGGUCGCCGAGACAUGUGGAUGGUGCUCAGAUGAAAACUUCCUCACUGUGGGUGAAUCCAAGUCGGCCCGCUGUGAUGAUCUGGAGUCCCUGAGGAAGAGAAAGUGUGCUGUGACCAAAAUUGAAAACCCACGCGGAAGCAUUACCACCAACAAGGACAAGCCCGUUACCAACCGCAAGAAGGACGUGGCUGAGAAACUGAAGCCUGAGCAGAUCACCCAGAUCCAGCCCCAGAAACUCACGCUGACACUCAGAUCAGGUGAGCCCCAGACUUUCGAGCUGAAGUUCAAGCGUGCCGAGGACUACCCCAUUGACCUGUAUUACCUUAUGGACCUCUCCUUCUCCAUGAAAGAUGAUUUGGAAAACGUCAAGAACCUUGGCACUGACCUUAUGAGGGAAAUGCAGGAGAUCACAUCAGACUUCAGGAUUGGUUUCGGCUCCUUUGUGGAGAAGACGGUCAUGCCUUACAUCAGCACCACGCCAGCCAGGCUGAUCAACCCCUGCACAGGGAACCAGAACUGUACCAGCCCCUUCAGCUAUAAGAAUGUCCUGAAGCUGACGGCGAACGGAGACGAGUUCAAUCGGCUGGUCAGUCAGCAGCAGAUCUCAGGGAACCUGGACUCUCCAGAGGGGGGCUUCGACGCCAUCAUGCAGGUGGCGGUCUGUGAGGAGCAUAUUGGCUGGAGGAAUGUGACCCGUCUGCUGGUGUUUUCCACCGAUGCUGGUUUCCACUUCGCUGGAGACGGCAAACUGGGCGGCAUUGUCCUCCCCAACGAUGGGAGGUGUCAUCUGGAGAACAACAUGUACACCAUGAGCCACUACUAUGACUACCCCUCCAUCGCCCAUUUGGUCCAGAAACUGAGUGACCACAACAUCCAAACCAUCUUUGCCGUCACUGAGGAAUUCCAGCCCGUUUACAAGGAGUUGAAAAAUCUUAUUCCUAAAUCAGCCGUUGGCACGCUGUCCUCAAACUCCAGCAACGUGAUCAAACUCAUUAUUGAUGCUUACAAUUCUUUGUCAUCUGAGGUCAUUCUGGAAAACGGCAGGCUACCGGAAGGUGUUUCCAUCACCUACAAGUCUAUCUGUAAGAACGGUGUUGAGGGAACAGGAGAGAAUGGCAGGAAGUGCUCUAACAUCUCCAUCGGAGACGAGGUGUCUUUCCUGAUUUCCAUUGAAUCCCAGAAGUGUCCGUCUCAUGGCAAGCCUGAGAUAAUUAAAAUUAAACCGCUGGGCUUCACUGAGGAGGUGGAGGUAGUUUUGAACUUCAUCUGCGACUGUCAAUGUGCCGCAGAAGGACAACCCAACAGUGACAAGUGCCACGAGGGCAACGGUACCUUCGAGUGUGGAGCCUGCAAGUGUAAUGAGGGACGUAUUGGGCGUCUUUGUGAGUGCAGUAAAGACGAAGUCCGGACAGAGGACCUGGAUGCCAACUGCCGAAAAGACAACGGUACGGACAUCUGUAGCAACAAUGGCGACUGUGUCUGCGGCACCUGCGAAUGCAAGAAGCGGGAAAAUCCAGCAGAGGUUUACAGUGGAAAAUUCUGCGAGUGCGACAACUUUAACUGUGACCGCUCCAACAACAAGCUCUGUGGAGGACAUGGGCGCUGUGAAUGCAGGAAGUGCAUCUGUGACGCCAACUACACAGGCAGUGCCUGCGACUGCUCCCUGGAGACCUCCACCUGCCUCGCCAAGAACGGGCAGAUCUGUAAUGGUCGCGGUACUUGUGAAUGUGGAAUCUGCAAAUGCACCAACCCCAAAUUCCAGGGUCCAACCUGUGAGAUCUGUCCCACCUGCCCCGGCGUCUGCGCCGAGCAAAAAGAUUGUGUGCAGUGCCGAGCAUUUGAGGCUGGUGAGAAGAAGGAUACAUGCGAGAGGGACUGCAGCUCCUUCCAGCUGAUCAAGGUGAAGGAUCGCGAAAAGCUGCCCCAGCCCACAGACCAGAGUUUCCCACUGACCCACUGCAAAGAGCGAGACGCCAACGACUGCUGGUUCUACUACACCUAUGCCAUCAGGAAUGACACCAAGGAGGUUUACGUGGUGGAGAACUUGGAGUGCCCAGCUGGACCUGACAUCAUCCCCAUCGUGGCAGGUGUGGUAGCGGGCAUUGUGCUGAUCGGCCUCGCCCUGCUGCUCAUCUGGAAACUACUCAUGAUCAUCCACGACCGCCGAGAGUUUGCCAAAUUUGAGAAGGAGAAGAUGAACGCCAAGUGGGAUACGCAUGGGAACCCUAUUUACAAGAGCCCUAUUAACCAGUUCCAGAAUCCCAGCUAUGGGAAUAAAGCCGCGGCUCUUUAGGUCAAAGGUGAGAAUCCAAUCUACAAAAGUGCUGUAACAACUGUCGUCAAUCCAAAGUACGAGGGCAAAUGAUGGAGCUUUGCCUUCAAUGUGACAACACUGUAUGGAAAAGAAACCGGGCUGCGAUGAGGGGAGGGGCGGGUUUUAUAAUGCUCUCACUGUUUGUUUGUUUGUUUUUUUGUUUGUUUGUUGUUGUAGUCACCAAAUGAUAGCAAUGCAUUUUGCCACUAUUUCAGUUUGUUUAACUAACUUGGUUUAUUUUCUAUGCAUCAUCUGAAACGUGUACAGUCUGUGUAAAUGUGGGGUUUUAUAUUGUAUUUUUUGCUUCUGCAGAACUUGAGAGAAUGUGUUUUGAGCAGAUUUUUUUUUUUUUCACAGGACUGGCAAGGUUAACGGAAAGCCUAGCUGUGCCUUUUUUUUAAUAGAACCAUCAGUGCCAAGCCAUCAGUGUUUUGUUGAGGGUUUCGUUGGAUGUUGAUAAUGGGCGACAAAGGAAGUGUUCCUUUCCAAAUUACUGUGUACACGACGUUGAGUGGUUGGUCAUCUUAUCAGUCAGUGAUUCAAAAAUGCAGUAGAGCAAAAGUUCUUAAGGUUGAAGGUUUUAUUGCAUCUGUAAUCAUUAUGACCGAGUACAUAUCACUCCGUUUUUUUUUUUUUUAAUGUGUCUUUGGAUUGAACUCUUCAAGUGUAGUGCCAGUUGGCCGUGUGUGGCGGCAAUGAAUCAUAUACAGUAUGUUGUGGGUUCCGUGUAAAGCCAUAUAUGUAUUCACAGAACAGGGUUGAAGGCGCUGGUAUUUUUUUCUGAGUGACUUAAUACAUCUGAACAAUCAAUUGAACGGAAUCUUUAACUACAAAAGAUAUUGUCUUGUGCUGCCUUUCUCGGUGAAAGGACAUCAGUGUACAGUAGUGUUACCGUUUGGCUCCAGGUUUUACUUGCUUAAUUUAAAAGCCAACUCAGGUCCUUAAUUCUUCACAGUAAUGCCAAAUACGCAACCCUGCCUUACUUGCUAACUAAAUCUGCUUAUUUUGAAAUGCCUUGUUUUAUUUGUAGAAUAUGAACUGGGGAAGGGUCCCACUUUUUUACAUGUCAGCAAAUCCACCCAGCUGCUGGGUGGUGCCUCGAUCAAACAUUUUUUAUGAGCAGAAAUCGGAAUGGAUAAAACGUCAUUUAGUUUUAAAGAUCAGUGGUAAGGGACUGGUCUCAAGAUCUUGUUUUUUGUAAAGAAAAAAAAAAAAAAGGUUACACCUGUCACCAUUGUUUUAAGUGCCUUUUUUAAUCAAUGCAACACAUUCACCUUUGCAAUUCUGUAUUUCUGAAAUUAUUUAUUGAAUAAACAUUCAAAACAAUUUACCCCUAAA